UGGUCGCUCGUUAGUCGCCCGUUAAUCGCCCUUUGAGUCACCCAUCAUAAAAGAAUAUYAAGUCUGACGACAUCACUGAAAGAAUAUCAUGGGGUUUUUCGAAGGACACAAACUAAAGAACAAAUCAGGCGAGCUUGUUAAUGCUGUGGAAGCACUUAAGAACAAGGUUAUACUUGUGUAUUUUUCAGCUCAUUGGUGUCCGCCAUGUCGAAUGUUUACCCCAACUCUCAAAGAUUGCUACGAAGAACUGGUGGAGGAAGGAUGUCAGAUAGGAAUAGUAUUCGUCUCGUCGGAUAGAAGUGAGGAUGACAUGAAUAGCUAUUUUCAAGGCCAUCAUGGCGACUGGUUUGUCGUUCCCUUUGGUGAUAAAGAGCUCAUAGAUUCACUGAAGAAGGAAUGCAAAGUUUCGGGAAUCCCGAAGCUUGUCGUGGUUGACGAAAAUGGCCGGAUGCUAUAUGAUGGUGCAAGAAAUGAUGUGCAGGCUACUUCGCCCAAGUUAGCCUUUAAAAAGUGGAAAGAACUCUAUGAAGCAUAAAGUUGAUGACGAUGAGUUAGGGUAACUUCACUUAAUAUGAUAAUUUAAUUUUGAAAUGUUUGCAAUUUGGAAUAAUAUUAAAACACAGAAACAGUCCUUGACCGACUACUAGGCUGCACGUACUGUAAACAGUCAAUCAGUAAUAAAGCAUUAUGUUGAAACUGAC